UCUGCUACCCCGACGGCUUUCAGCAGUCCACUACAAACCAAGUGCAUGAUCCGAGAGAUUUCCUCUUCCGACUGGUCCCGAGGCAAGUGCACAGCGGAGGUGGGGGUUCGUCUGGCGGCAGCAACGAUGCAUCCGGAGCAGCUGGAGGAAUGUCAGGUUCCGG